AUGCCAACUGGUACACUUGAAGUAAUCAUUGUCGAAGGACGUCAUCUGAAAGAUCGAGACCUUAUCGGACAAAACGAUGCGUAUGUUGAAAUCUAUUUGGACAAAAAGUACAAACAACGCACAACAACUAUAUCUAAUUCAAACAAUCCAGUAUGGAAUGAACGUUUUACAUUUAAUAUACACAAAAAUGAGGAUACAAUUCAUUUUGAUGUGUAUGAUGCUGAUCUCGUUGGACGAGAUUCGAUUGGCAAUGGCAAAGUCAAAUUGAAACAUGUGUUCGAUGACAAUCGAUUUGACGAAUGGGUUAAACUUCCAGCGCAUCUCGGUCUAGGCUCACAUGGCGAAAUUCACGUUAUUAUGAAUUUUAUUCCUGGUUAG